UAUCGCUCUUUGGGGACAGUGGUUCAGGCACACACUCAGUAAAAAUUGACUUCCUGUAACGGAACUGGAAGAUAUCGAUAUUUUUUAAUUAAUGUUAGCCAUUUUAAAUCAUUAUUUCUGGAUGUAAGGGUUACUUAAAACUCUUGCGUACUCCAUUCUGCACACAACAGCCUUUUUACAUAUUCAGUGCCUGGCCUUUUAUGUUUUAAGCUGCAUCUGUUUGUACUCUACCAAGUAGGCUAGCUAUUGUGGCUAAUUCUGUGAGCCUCCAUAGAUUUCUGUAGCAUACAGCGGUUGGCGCUUAGCUGACUGGUGUGCGUUGUGUUGACAAAACAGAAACAAAACGCUACGUGACCGCGUUCUAAGAAAGGUAAAACCAAAAAUAUGAGCGCAGAAGCCUCAAACCCAGCCGCCACACCCACUCCCUGUGAAGACAGUCAGGGAGAUGGACGGUGGAUGUCUCAGCACGUCCGCUUUGUUUCUGAGUGCAAAGAGAGAGAGCCAGAUGUCGUAUUUGUGGGAGACUCUCUUGUUCAGCUCAUGCAUCAGUUUGGGAUAUGGCGGCAGUUGUUCUCUCCUCUCCAUUGCCUUAACUUCGGAAUCGGUGGCGAUGCAACGCAGCAUGUGCUGUGGAGGCUGACCAAUGGCGAACUGGAUAACAUCAGUCCAAAGGUCGUGGUGCUGUGGGUUGGCACAAACAAUCACGGUCACACAGCCGAACAGAUUGCCGGUGGUAUCAUGGAGAUUGUCCAACUCAUCCACAACAAGCUCCCCAACGCCCACACGCUUGUACUUGGUGUACUUCCCAGAGGUAGAAUGCCAAACCCUCUACGAGAGCGAAACGCCGAGGUGAACAAGCUAGUCCAGGAUGCCUUAUCGUCUCUGUCCCACGCCUCCUUCUUUAACGUGGAUCCAGGUUUUGUCCUUUCGGAUGGAAGCAUCUCCCAUCAGGAUAUGUAUGACUACCUUCACCUGACUGCUCACGGAUACCAGGCUGUGUGUGAACCCCUGCAUGCUCAAAUCAAGUCUCUGUUAGAAAAACCGGCAGAGAACUGAGUAUCCGGCUUAGAAGCGUACACUACCACAGUGGUCUUCGUCCCUGUUUUCAGAGAGCAUUGCCCUCAGCUUUACAAGGCUUUGGAUGUUGGAUAGAAUCAGCUAAUUAUAAGGGCUAAGAGCAUCAUUUAAUCUGUAUAAGCCUUCUCUAUAACCAGGGUUGGUGACCACUGUUAUUGAUAAACGGACCAUAAGGUUUUUUUUGUGUUUACGAUACAGUCAAAGAUGAGAUGUGUUGUACUAUAGAGAGACGGUGUCCUUCUUGAACCCCUAUAGCUUCGUAUUCCAUCUCUUUUAGGUUUUUUUUGCAUGAAAUUUAUAAUUGUCACUGUUACAAAAUACACAGAUGAACAUGAUAAAGGCAUCUCCACACAGGACUGGUGAAA